AUGGGGGUUUUUGACGGCCUGUUCAAGGGCUCCCGGCCCGGCGCAGGCACGCCCAGGCGGGGGACCCAGAUGACCCGCCAGCCCUCCAGCCCCGGCGCGCCAGACGCCCGCCCGCAGCGCACCCCCGAGCAGACGCUCAUCGACGCCGCGGCCUGGUCCCUGCCGGACUGGACGGGGCGAGGCGCGCAGCGUGCGCAGCGUGCCGAGCAGGAGGCCAUGGACGCGGCCCUGGCCCUGGAGCUGGCAAGGUCGGAGAGCCUCCACAGAUCGGCACGGGGGUUGGUCCCUCCAGCCUCCAGCGGCGGCCCGCCCACGCCAGCGCCCGUCGCAGCGACAGAGGCACCGGCGCUGCAUGGCGUGGCAAGCGAUCAGGAUGAGGGGCUGGCCAUGGCACUGGCCGAAUCGGUCAAGCUCGCGGAGGCGCGGUCUGCCGAGGCCGAUGACACGGCACGCAGCUUCCAGAACGCCGUGGCCAUGGCCAUGGCCGCCUCCCUUUCUUCGGCCACCUACGACGACCUCCUGCGCGACGUCUCCUGCUGGGUGCGCGACCUGCGCGGGUCGUGCGGGGACGUGGAGGCCGCGCUGCGGGAGGUGGCGGCCUCCCGCGCCGAAGUCGACGGCCAGCUGGCUGCCCUGGGGGGCGCUGGGGACGAGGAGGCCCUGCCCCGCGCGCUGUGGCUCUCGGAGCAGUACGCGGCGGUGGAGGGGCGGCUGGCGGAGCUGCAGCACAGGGUGGCACCCAUCCAGGAGGCCGUGGCGGGGCUGGCCACCCUGCACGUGUACAUCCAGGAGGCGCAGCCGGCGGCGAGUGAGGCGGAGCUCCAGCGGGACUACAUCAUCGCGCACCUGUUUGAGGCGCUGAGUCAGCAGGGCCUGGACGCCAACCACCCACUUGGGGCCUGGGGCAACGGGGAGCGAGAUGGCAGCCAGGCAGGUGACCUGAGGGACAUUGUACAGCAGCUCAUCGAGGACUGCCGCAGGAUGCCGCCGCUCCCACGCUUUGUCAUGGCCGAGGAGGAGGAGGAGGCAGGGACGAGCCAGGCUCUGAGGGAGCAGCGAAUCGAGUCCAACGAGGACAGCAACGACGCAGGCUCCAUCGAGGCCAUGCCCAGCGCUCCCGUCCUGCUCGAGGAGGAAGGCCCCUCGCACCGCCCUGCCGUCCCCUCUCUGAACCUCCCGCCCUCGAGGGAAGAGGAGGAGCUGCCGGCAGCAGUGCCGGAGCCUGCUACCGUGGCAGCCCCUGUCUCUGCUCCCGCCAGCGACCCAGAUGCUGGGCUGCCCAGCGAUCUGGCACUGCACGCUGCGCCAGCCAGCGAGCCUGCACCAGUUCUUGCGCCCGACGUCAGCGGGGCAUACCCGACCGUCCGGCACGGCGGCCGGGCGGCGGUCGCUGCACCCCGGGAGACGCGCGGCCUGGCUGGAGACAGCGUGAAGGAGGACGAGUACGGCGACGUGAGUGCGCGCGUCGGUGGCGAGUCUGGAGUCUCACCGGACGAGGGCCCCGCCGACCUCCCAUUGCCGAUGCUGGAGACCCUGGCCCGGCGCAUCGCGGACGCGCGACCGGCCUCGCUGGCGGAGGUCUGCGCCCUGGUAGCCGACGUCGAGCUCGCCGCCGGCGUGCCCGCGGCGGCGCUGGGCCGCGCGGGGUCGGCCGCCGCGCAGGGCGGCGCGCUGAGCUGGCCGCGCGAGCGCUGGUCGGCGGCGGCGGCCGCGGCGCGGCUGGCGGCGGAGCUGGCCGCUUCCGCGGCUGCGCUGGCCGCCUGGAGCCUACCCGCCUCGCCCGACCUGGCGGCCGAGGGCCGCCGCCUGACUGCCGCCGUGGAGGACGCCGCGGCGCUGGCUGGGCGCUGCGCCUACGCUCACGACGCGCUGCGUCAGCGCCUGGCGCGCGCGGGCCUGCCCUGGGACGCCGCCGCGCUGGAGGGGGUGCGCUGGGCCGCGCAGGCGGCGGCGCGCGCGCUGGCGGCCGCCGCGGUUGACGCGGAGCGUGCGGUGCAGCGCCGCGCGUCCUGCACCGCGGCGCAGGCGCUGGAGCCGCUGGUGGAGGGCGUGGAGGCCGUCUUCCGCGUGCACCAGUUCGCCGGCGGCCUGAACCGCGCGGCCACGGAGGCCGCCACGGAGCUCAUGCGCCGCACCGUGCACUGCGCUCGCAUGGCGGACCCCCUCUGGCUCCGCGACGCCAAGUUUGCGUAG